AUGGAGGAAUACGAAGCCUCUCCUCGAUCCUCGAAGCGGCGACGAACUGGGACGUAUGCUACCAGAAGAACGACUCUCGAUACUUCAAUUCCGCGCGACUCGACAACUCACCGGAGCCAGAGUAGCAAGCAAAAUGGUGUCGUCUCGGACAACGAUGAAUCAGCACCAUCUAGUACCGAACAGGAAGAUGCUAGACCUUUAGAGCCCCCCGAAGAUAGUACUCAAUUGGUAGAGACAACGUCGCGCCGCAGCAGUACUCGGAAACGAAAGCCCACCGAACGCGCCGCCCAAGCUGAGGAGGACGCCACUCCUACUCGCAUACAGAAGCCUAUCAGAAGGAAUGUGAAAAAAGGAGAAGACGGUUCUCUUGGAAAACCUACAAAACCUGCAGGAAACACUGUCUCAGGACAGGCCCACCAGAAUGAACAAGACGAUAUUGAACCACCAGAACGCUCUGGUCGAAAAGCUUCUUCAAGGGCCCUUUCAUCUGAUACAACCCGGAUAGAGAAGCGGUCGACCAACACAUCGGCUUCAAAGGGCAAAGCCUCCAAGUCCGCGGUUGGUAGGAUCGAAAGUGACUUGCAGUCGCAGCAACCAAAAAGUAUUCUGACUCCAACCCGGCGUGGACAUACGACAAAGAGCGGCCCGCGAAAAUCGGUAGUCUUUGAUGCAGACGAACGGCAAAUUGAGGCACAGCUUGGUUUCAGGGACAUCAACAACUCGGCCAAGUCGCAAGAAACAAACAAGACCCGACAGGCAUCAGAGAACACUGCCGAUGCCCAUCAGAGUACACCGAGUAGAAACAGACAUGCACCAGGCGAUACCGAGCUGCCUCAGUCGGCUUCAGACGAUGACUUGGAUGUGCCGGACAUUCAAACAGUCCCUGACGUGGACGAGAUACUCUUACUAAAUACUGCAGGCGCGGAUAUACACGGUGACAAGCAAACACUACUACACCAGCGGGAUAAUGAGCACGUUGCCACGAUCAAGGGCGAGAUAUUACGCCGUAUAACCAACAAGUCCCUUCCACCUAUAUGCCACCUCCACACUCAAUAUAGCACCCUCCACUCCUUGCUCUUCGCAACCAUAACCGCCGGCGAAUCCAACUCACUACUUCUGCUCGGAUCUCGAGGCAGCGGCAAGUCCCUGCUCGUGUCACACGCCCUGGCCGAUCUAACUCGGUCUUACGCCGACGACUUCCAUGUCGUCAAGCUAGACGGCUUCUUCCAGACAGACGACAAGCUCGCUCUGCGCGAGAUAUGGCGCCAACUUGGCCGCGAGAUGGCCGUGCCAGAAGAGGAGGCAGGCGAAGUAUCGAGUUACGCCGACACCAUGGCAAGUCUGCUUAGCUUGCUCUCUCAUCCUGAAGAGCUUGCCGAGCCUGAUCUGGACACCAUGGACAUGGACAUAGAUAACAACCACGGAGGCGACAAUGGAGAUCUCAAGACAACAAAGAGCAUCAUCUUCAUCAUGGACGAAUUUGACCUUUUCACGACACACCCGAGACAGACGCUGCUGUACAACCUGUUUGACAUUGCGCAGGCAAAGAAAGCCCCCAUCGCGGUAAUCGGAUGCUCGACACGGAUGGACGUCGUCGACUGUCUUGAGAAGCGAGUCAAGAGUCGCUUCAGCCAUCGCUGGCUCCACGUGCCCAGCGCGAAGAGCCUUCCCGCGUUCGAGGAGACCGUGUCGAGUAUUCUGUCGAUGCGUGUUGACGGCAAGGAGGCCCUGGGUGUCAGUAAAGACGAACUCGAGUGGAGGGAGAGAUGGAAUCACGCCAUGAAGACCACACUCCUCCCGUCGUCUACUAUCCAAGCACUUCUGAAAAAGACCUACUAUAGCACAAAGUCUCUCCCGGAUGUUCUUGCGGCACUGUAUAUCCCCGUGGCCACUCUUUCAGUCCCGAUCGCUGAUGACGACGACGACGACGACAACAACAACAAUAACAAUAACAAUAACAACAACACCAACGACGUCGCCGUUAACGUCACCUCCAUGAUCGACGCUGUGUCGACGGCAGCACCAUCUCUUCUAAUGCUGCUUCCGCAGCUCCCGACUCUUCAUCUUUCUCUACUCAUUGCUGCUGCUCGUCUGGAGACUGUCCACAAUCUGCUCGCCGUCAACUUUGCUCUCGCUUACACUCAUUACACUGAACUUCUUGCUCGGGCAAAGUUGCAGCGGUCGUCGCUGUCAGUUAUGAAUAGGGGUGGCUCGACGCUGACCGGUGCCGGUCUACGACAGUGGAGCAAAGCAACGGCGCGAGGGGCGUGGGAAGACCUUGCGCAGUGGGAGGUCAUCGUGCCAGCCUCGGGAGCGGGUGCCGGAGGCACAGGCAGGUCGGGUGACGAUGGACUUGUGGCUGGUGAGGGUGUAGGCACGAAAAUCUUUAGAGUCGAUGUAACUUUGGAUGAAAUAGCCUGGGCUGUCAAAGAAAGAGCUGGUGGGACUGGUGUUGGUGAUGUCCUGGUAAAAUGGUGCAGCGAUGUCUAG